AUGAAGCUCACCUCCGCCCUCCUCGCCCUCCUCAGCCUCCUCACCACCGCCCUCGCCCUCCCGCAAGCCUCUCCUCCUUACCCUGGAACCACUCCAGCUCCAUGGCCAACCCUCAACCGCACGACUCCAUACUUCAACCUCGUCACCUCGGUCCGGAACAUCAGCCCCACAAACUUCGGCUUCACAAACCUCUACCUGCACGCCUACCACUCCGGCGCCGGGCUCAACGACGCCGUCCUCCUAGCCGAUCGGACGCGGGCCGCGCGCGGCUUCCUCAACGGCACCUACGCCGUCUUCAACCUCGGCGGUCCCUUCUCCUACGGCAUGCGGACCGGCUACGUCCCCUACGGCUCCUGGGGGCCCGCAUACCUCAACGCGGGGACCGGGGAGCGGGGGUUCGCGAUCAGCGACGGGAGGUUCGUGCGAGUGGAUGGGAAUUUCGGAGGGUGGAUGGGGAUAGUCUGCGACUGGUGGCGCAAUGUGCCGCAGCUGUUUAUGCGGUAG